AUGGCUCCUUCAAGCAACAAGUGGGCACAGCCGCUGUCCAGCUACAAACUCGACGGGGGGGGCAUGUCAUCUGGAUCAAGUGCCGUACACCUGUCCCUCGCCAAGCCACGAGUCCGUGUGGCGUGUGAUGGGAUUGCCGCGCUUCGCCAGGCCUUCUCGACUUGGCCGCUGUCCCCCACCGCCCCACACUUCGAUCUCUUGUCCUCCAUCCGCGAGGCCCUCCGAGUUUCCAAGAUAUCCUGGGCCAAACAACAUGUGGGUGGCCACGCUGACCGAACCAAGACAUGGCGACAGAUGUCUUGGUGGGAACGACGGAACUCCGAGGUGGACGACAUUGCCCAGGGCUACGCCGACGAGCUGAUCGCCACCGAGGACACGAUCGCCACCAAUCCCAAGUUCUUCUCCGAACCCUGUGCGAUCUACAUCGACAACAAGAAGGUCUCCUGCCUGGCCUUGGAAUCGGUGGACAAAGCCGUUGUCCUGCCGGAAUUGAUGGAAUACUGGGCAGCCAAAGGCCGCCUCGCUCCCGAACACUUCCGAUCGGUGGACUGGCCGAUCGUGCACCGAGCGAUGAAGUCUCUGAAGCCCGCCGAACAGCACUUCAUCACAAAACACACCGUUGGGAUGUGCGGCGUCGGCAAGUUCCGUAAACGAUGGGGCCUCGACUCCAAGAACCGAUGCCCCUUGUGCGGCCUGGAGGAAGACCACCUACAUGUCCCCCGCUGCCCUUCCGACCGGGCCAAGACCCAGUGGCAGCUCCUACUCCAAGAACUCCAAGAAUGGUUCCAGUCCACCACCACUGCUACGCCCAUCGCCCAAUUCCUUGGGGCCCUCCUUCGCACCAUCCGCACCCCUCACAACCAGCCUCAACCCUCCAGAUGUGAACAAUUGAGGCUGGCAAGGACUCCUGGUCUG